AUGGACAGCCAACCAAGGCAGCAAAAGCCAUCCCGGUUCUGGUUCCCAAUAUGGAACCAGACACCAACUCCAACUCAACCAAGCUCUUCAUCUUCCCUCGUCAUAGAAUCUCGAUCAAGGUCAACAAGGACUUCAACAUCUUCACCAUCGCCAUUACCAUCUUCCUCACCAGUGAUAUCCAGGUACGCACUACAAUCAUAUCAAGAAGCUUCAGUUCCAACAAGUUCUUCUCCCCCAACUCCAUCUCAAGGCGCUCCACAACUUCAACCAUCUCAAAGAAACACUACUGAAGAAGUGCACAAGAAAACCAUGGCAUAUACAUCGUCAGUAGCAAAUGAUCAUCCUUCUGAUCAAGUACAAGAAGAGUCUGAUACAUUUACAGAGCUGCACGGUAAGGCAAACAACUCUGAAAUCCCACCAGCCAAAGAAGCAGAAAAUGAUCUAGGACUAGAUUCAAAACUGGCCUAUGACGAGCAUACAACUAUAAAAGUUGAAAUUGCAGAUGAGAUCAGUUCUAAAAAUGAAGCCCCAGAAAAAGUUGGUGAAGCAAUUAAAAAGGACCAGAAGAAAUUGGAUCCGGAAUUGAAUGAAUUCACAGAGAGACCAACUUUUUCAUCCAAUGAGGUGGCAAAGAAGGAAACAAAGGUAAAUAUAUCAAUGGAAGAACAUGCUUCAGGGCUGGAUCAUAUUGAAACAAAGAUGGGAGAAGACUCAGUUAAGGAUGGAUCUGAGGAGCAAGGAAGCAAUCAGAUCAAGAAGCUGAAUGUUGAAGCUGAAAGCCAACAUGCACAAAACAUCGUCAACUUGGCAGGUGAAAAUAAUGGUGCAUCCAUGCUGAUUGGGCAUGAGACGUCAAAGAAUGCAGGCUGCCUUGAGACAAUACAUGAAAUUGAUAAGCAGAGUAAAAGUAUUCAUGAUGAGGACGAAACUCAAAGGGAGAGAUCACAAGAGAACAAUGAGGUUCUUCCAAGCACAAGCAUCAACAGCAAUGUGCAGAAUAUUAACAACUCCAUAAUCCAUGACAGCUCCUGCAGGCAAGAAGAUCCUGGAGUUUGCUUGAUUUUCUCUGGCAAACCUACUGCUUUUAAACUGAUGGAAAAAAACUGA